AACAUCCAUGCCUGAGCCUGAGCCUGAGGCUGCCAGGCAGAACUUUCAGAGGUUCCAGCCAACGUCAUUCUGCAGCCUUAGGAAGGAGACCGCUGCACAAGAGAAGCCGCCGGCGGCCGCAUCGUUCAGGGGUGCAAACUUUGUGAAGCAACUUCUCCACGUUCGCUCUGUUGGAGGUAUGGCCCGCUCAGAUGACAGCGAUGAUGAUUUCGAGGAGGAAGAAGAUUUUGAUGAAGACGAGUAUGAAGAUGAGGCGCCAAAGAGCAAAGGCAAGGGCUCCAAGGGCAAGCGGCCGCGGAGCCUGUACAUAGACGAUGCGGCCGAGGAAGACGAAGACGAGGAUGAGGAUGAGGAAGAGGAGGAGCAACGGCACAAGAAGCGCAAAAGAGGCGCGGCGGCGUUCAUCGACGAUGCCGCUGACGUUGCGGAUGAGGACGAGGAGGAAGAGGACGACGACUAUGCGGACGACCUUAUCGACGACAACGAACUUCCCAACGAGGUUGGGCCGAGCCGCCAGGAGGCGUUCCGCUCGUACCGCGACAUGGCGCGCAACCUGGAGGAGGACGAAGAGGACGACGAGGCGGGGCUGGAGAAGUUCCUCAAGGAGCGCUACGAGCGCUACGACCAGGCGCAAGAUCGCGAUGAGGACGAGGCUGGUCCUGUCGACUCGGAAGCCCUGGCGCCGUCAGUGGACGACCCCAAGCUGUGGAUGGUGAAGUGUCAGUUCGGACGUGAGAAGGAGGCGGCGAUCUGCCUGAUGCAGAAGUCCCUCGCACGGCUGGCGGAGGGCCGGCCGCUGCAGAUCCGAUCGGCAGCCGCAAUCGAUCACUUGAAGGGAUAUCUGUACAUAGAGGCGAUGAAGGAGAGCCACGUGCGAGAGGCGAUCACGGGCCUGCGCAUCCUGUACUACAAGAUCACGCUGGUGCCCAUCCGCGAGAUGCGCGACGUGCUGCGCAUCACCAAGAAGCAGCUGGAGCUGCAGCGGGACACGUGGGUGCGCGUGCGCAACGGGCUGUACAAGGGCGACCUCGCGCAGGUCGUCGACGUGGACCACGUGCGCAACCAGGCCACGCUCAAGCUCAUCCCGCGCGUCGACCUCCAGGAGCUCGCGCGCCGCCUGGAGGGCGAGGGACGGGACCAGAAGAAGAAGACUCGGCCCCCGCAGCGCUUCUUCAGCCUGGACGAGGCGCGCGACCUGCGCAUCCCGGUGGAGUCGAAGCGGGACAACUACGGCGACGCGUUCGAGUUCAUCAACAACCUCAAGUUUCGGGACGGCUACUUCUUUAAGACCGUCUCGCUCAAGAGCAUCGAAGUGAAGGAAGUGGUCCCCUCCUUUGACGAGCUACAGAGGUUCCAGAACGCUCCUCAAGGGGAGGACGGCAGUACGCGGAGGAACGAUCUGCCAACCCUAAGCGACGCGGCCAUCAGCAAGAAGAAGGUGCACUUCGUGCCCGGGGACUCCAUCCGGGUGGUGGAGGGCGAGCUGAAGAGCCUGCAAGGGACGGUGGUCCACGUAGACGAAGUCCAGGGCAUCGUGCGUGUGCGCCUCCGCGACGAGGACUGGGCGCAACUCGGCCAAGCCGCCAAGGCGAUGCAAAAGGAGCAAGAGCUGAAGGACAGCCAGAUCCGCAAGCACUACAGCAUGGGCGACCAUGUGAAGGUGCUCUCCGGCCAGCACGAGGGCUCCACUGGCCUCAUCGUCAAAGUGGACGACGCCACCAGCACCGUUGUGCUCUUCUCUGACACUACGCAGCAGGAGAUCCGGGUGUUCUCUCACGACAUUGUCGAAGCCGCGGAGGUCAGCUCGGGGCUCACGAAGUUCGGAGAGUACGACUUGCACGACCUGAUCGCCCUUGACAACGGCCUGACGGUGGGCAUGAUUGUGCGCGUGGAGAAGGACGCGUGCGCCGUGCUGAUCGGCAACCCCGACCGGCAAGACGUCCGAACAGUGACCCGUCCCCAAAUCAAGCGCAAGGUGUUCGACCGCUCGUUCAGCACGCAGGACAUGACAGGGGCCGCCAUCACGGUUAGGGACGUGGUCAAGGUGCACACCGGGGAGUUCAAGGGCAAGCAGGGCCCCGUGGUGCAUCUGAGCAAGCAGAUGCUGUUCAUCCAGUCGCGCGACGUCAAGCAGAACGGGGGCUUCAUCUGCGUGGCCGCGCGCAACUGCAAGGUCUUCGGCGGCAACAAAACGGACCCCUUCGCGCCGCCUCAGCCAAAUAUGGCGUCCCCCUACGGGCUCUCCAACGGGCAGCCCGGUGGUUAUGUUCCCCAAAGUCCGGUGUACGGCCUCCGGUCACCCGCCCACUAUCUUGCGGCGGGACCGGGGGCUGGCCGAGGAGCGAAUCCGGGAGUCUUCUCCGGCGCGCGCGGCCGCGGCGGGCGCCGUGACGACAGCCUGACCAACACGAUGGUACGCAUCAUGUCAGGUCCGUGGAAAGGAUACCGCGGGCGCGUCAAGGACGCAACCGAUACCACCGUCCGAAUCGAGCUUGAUUCUCAGAUGAAGACGAUUACGGUAAACCGGGAUCAGUUGAACCUGAAAGAGGGGCGCAGGGAAGAGUCGGCGGGCGGGUAUUACCCGCAGACUCCGUCGAGGGCCUACCCGCAAACGCCGUCAAGGGCGUAUCCGCAGACUCCGUCGAGGGAGUAUCCGCAGACGCCGGCGCGAGAUCCGGCUGCCAUGCCUAUGACACCCAGCCGUGGCCGCGCCUGGGAUCCGUACACUCCGAUGACGCCAGCCCGCGAGCCCGGGUGGAACGACGAGCCGCCGUCGUAUCACAGCGGGCCGUCCACGUUUGGAUCUGCCACGGCGUCGUAUGCGCCCUACUCGCCGAUCGAUUCGCCGGCGCCCAGCCCUUCAAAUGGCAACCCGGACACUCCUGGGGCUCGUCCCUAUGACGCCCCAACUCCCGGAAGUGGGACCGGGUGGGGAUCCGGGGCCACUCCUUACAGCGAUCAACGCAGCCCGGUGGAUACCCCCGGGUCCUACCAAGUGCCCAGUCCGUAUACUCCGGGCGAUCGGCCGACUCCUUACGUUCCCCCGACUCCUACUACUCCGGGCGGAAGCGGGGCUGGGGUGCCAGACCCAAUGUCCCCAGCUUUCGGCACGCCAUUGGACAACUCCUCUUGGCCGAUUCCCGACGUGUGGGUGACAGCUUCCGAGAGGCAGGGCAUCCUCCGGGAGAUCCUCCCCGACGGCGGGUUCAAGGUGCAAAUCGGCUCAGGAUCGGACCCGGUAGAGUUCGUGACCGCCCAGUUGGCGGAUCUGGAGCUGAUUGCACCGAGAAAGGGCGACAACAUCAAGAUCGUCACGGGAGAGUUCCGGGGGCUGACCGGGAAGCUUAUUGGAAUCGACGGAAGCGACGGGAUCGUGAAGCUAGACGGAAACAUGGACAUCAAGAUUCUGGACAUGAGCAAUCUGGGGAAGGUCGGCGGGUAGGUCGAGGGAGCCGCAGUUUCGGAGAUUGCUAGCCGGUCGUUGCAGUUUUGGCUGAGCCCGUGAAUCCCUGUGGUUGAUUUUAUUGGGUCGAGCUUGCAACCGAGUGCCAUCGAACCGGCGGACACGGAUGUCACCUAGAAUGUGGGAUCCUGUCUUAUUUUUGGCAUGCGUGUAAUGCUCCCCUGGGGAUCCUUCUUCUAAACUACAAAGGUCACUUCAAGCCAUUCCAGAACAGCAUUGUUUAACGUGCAGUAGAGUCGACUGGCUGAAUCUCGUGUCUCAGAGCAAGUCUAGCUGACCUUUAAGAUUAGAUAGUGGCAUGCCGGCCCACAUGCUGCGCAUGCACUUCAUGGACUCCUCGGUUGAUAUAUAACUCUAAGUGCAAGAACAUUCUCAGUGCUGCAAUCACGGUGCAUGACACGCACACAGCGUACUGUAGUACCCGGCCGCGCUCACGAAAGAGAAGUUUGAGAUCAUUCAAACCUCUUGGCACACGAGUCUCCCGAGGACGGCGGCUGAACGCAGGCCUUUUACAUUUGAGCUG